AUGCAUUGUUGCCCGACAGACCGACCGACCGACAGACCGGGCGGUCUGGAGCCGGAUCUGACGGUUUACCUCUCGACGAAGUGGUCACUGGCCGGUGCAUCGGACCAUUGUUUCGUCAAAUUCAUCUGUCUCUCCACACGCAAGGUUACACCCGAGUUCUGUUAUAGUACAGAAUUUGGAUUCGACACAGAACAGAGAAUCGGACAAAACAGAACUUUCGACAUCUUGUGGCCUCUUGCUUCCAAACGGCGAGUCUGUAUGACUGAAAAAUGUGCUUAUCGCUUUAAGAAUUGUGAAGAGGCUCCUUCGCGACGAACAGGACUACUCCCCGGACUAGGUCAAGAGGAGUUCUUCUUCCCUUCUGUCUAUUAUGCUGCUCUCUUGGCAACGGAUUACUUCCUCAUGUCGGAAAGUAGGGUGCCGUCUCGAGGAUACAGUUCCACCAAAGACAGAGUCUUACAAACAGUUCGCAAGGAUACAACUACUGUCCAACGACUACUUGCAAAUAGGGAAGUAGUUCUUGCAUCGCAAGAGUGGAAGGCAUCUUCCGCCUCAUCCGGCCAUCACCUGCCCCCAAAACGGGAGUCGAACUCAACGCCCAUGCGACACAACUGCAAGCAAUCCGAAAUGCUCGCCUCGUCGAAUAGGCUGCCUCCUGGUUGCCUAGCAACCGUAGGGUUCUGA